CUAUCAGGUUUCUCUAGCAAUUGUCGUUUCCCUUCUUCUUUGCCUAUUCAUCAAUCCUUCACUCCUUGCGCCCCAUGGAAUGCAGUCUCAUCGAGCCUUCCUUUGUUGCCUACACCAUCCCCUCUAGUAGUCUGUCAAUGGUGUAGUGCGGUUUUGAUGCUGUUUUGAGAACGUCACUGACUUACCAAAACAUGGGAAGAAGAUUUUGGGGAUGUCCUAAAUUCGAGGUUGGGAAGGUUGGGAAGGCUGGGAAUGCAUGCGAUUUCUUCCACUUUCUUGAUGGUGAUGAGGUGAUUGAGGGAAGAGCCAGGGAUAUCCUGCUGCGACUUAAAGAUAAGCAAAUUAGGCUUGAGAAAGAGAUUCAAAGUUACAAGGAAGAAAACGAAAAUCUUAUGGCUGAAAAGGGGAAACUGUUGCAGGAAAAUGUAGACUUGAUGUUCGAAAAUGGGAAAUUCCUGCAAGAAAAUGGUGACUUGAAGGUCCAAUGUCAGGCAUUCGUUAAGAAUAUCAAAGGCUUGGAGAAGAAAGUGAAGAGGAAUUGCAUUAACAUUGUUGGGAAAACUGGGAAAAUGACAAGAUGGGACUAGUGUCUUUUGUGCAUUAUUUUCCCUUUUGCCUUUUUAUGUAAAAGGAAUGUAAUUUGUUCCCUAUAUCAAUGGCACAUGGUCUAUUAAUUUGAUAUAUUCACUGUACAAUUUUAAUUUCAUACUAGCAAAUACACAGCAAAAUGUAAU